UCUCCUAUGUCGAAGAUGUCGAAGGGGAACUCUGUACCUUACGCCCACGCCCCUCUCCUCCCAAAUCCCAACCAAACCGUCAUUAUCCUCCCCGUCUAUUAUGAACACCCGGUCCGCCGCUAUCGCCGCCCUUGCCUGUCCUUUACCGCCGCUCUCCUUUUCCUCUCCGCGGCCGUCUUCUUCCUUUACCCCUCCGAUCCUGAUCUCCAACUCGUGCGUCUCCGACUCAACAAUGUUCGAGUCAACUCGCCCCUUAAACUCACUCUCGAUCUCUCUUUCUCCCUCACCUUCAAGGUCCAGAACAGGGACUUCUUUUCUCUGUACUACGAUCGCCUUGUGGCUUCGGUUGGAUACAGAGGGACGGAGCUAGGGUUUUUCAGUUCCGAAGGGGGCCGCGUUAGGGCCAGAGCAACCUCCUAUAUCAACACCACUCUUGAUCUCGACGGCCUGGAGGUCAUUCAGGAUGCAAUUUACUUGAUCGAGGAUUGGGCGAGGGGUGUUAUUCCGUUUGAUACUGAUACGAAGGUCAAAGGACUGCUUGGUCUCUUCUUCUUCAAAAUUCCUCUAAAGGCUAAAGUAUCAUGUGAGGUGUAUGUAAAUACGAACAACCAGACAAUAGUCCACCAAGAUUGCUAUCCUGAGUAAAGCCUCCUGACUGUACCUGAAUCUGGCAUAUAUUAUCUGAUUGAUAUAAUAGAAGUGGGUCAUAGAAUCAGAUGCUGGAGUUUAGUCAAGUUUAACCCCCUUGUUCAUGCUGUACAAGUGAAUGCAAUCACCGGUCGGUGUGUGUUUACUGCAAAAAUUGUAAACUGGAGUUGCUGGGAACAAUUUAUAAGCCAUUGUUGUCUGUAUCACACUUGUAAAUAUAUAUGAAAGAUUCCGAUUUCACAUGGCUUUGGAAUGGAUGGACCAUAUUUUUUCUUAAGAGGUUAUUGUGGUUAAGAUUGGUUCUAUGGACGGAAAAAUCAUCGUGCUCAUGAGUUGAUUUGUGAUUUAUUGUUCGGAUUCCCAUCGAAAAGAAAUGUUUUGUGCCUAG